AUGUACCUGCUUUCUAUUCUUGGACUCGCUCUAAGUGUAUCAUCCACUCCCAUUGAAGAACGUGCCACACCACGGUGUACUGCCAGAGACCUCGCCAUCGUCAGACGUACCGUCAUUGACCCUGUCUUCUUUUGCAAGUGGUGGCAAGAAGACACCCGCACUAGAACCCCAUUCCUUGAAUUUACAGUGUCCGAUGUCAACAAUCUCUGUGCAUGCAUCGCUCCCAGAUCAAAUGUCAAGUCCACCAAGCACAAGCGCGCACCACUCGCUGAAGCUUCUCUUCUCGGCAAGCGCUCAACCACUACUGAAGCUUGCAGAAAAGAAGUAAGUCUCCAGUUCACCGAGCCUUGGCAUUUUUGUGCCUUUUACAACGCAUAUCCACGAACCUCUUCACCUUUCCCAAAGUAUACAACCAAGGAUCUGAUCAAGCUCUGCAAUUGUGUUGAAGGAAAGGCAAGUAUGACAACAACCAAAAAGACUUCGGAAUCUUCCAAGAAGACUUCGACGUCCACUAAGACGUCUUCGGUAAGCACAAAGAAGACCUCAAUUGGUACAAAGAAGACCUCGUCAAGCACCAAGGAGGCUUCUACCCCCAAACGCUCAACAAGCACCACGAAGCCUUCGACAAGCACCAAGAAGAUUCCUACGAGCACCAAAAAGACCUCAUCGAGCGCUAUCAAGACGUUGUCCUCCAGCAUCCGACUUCGUUCUUCCACAAGCGGCAGGAAGACUUCGACAAGUACCACUAGACCCAUGUCCUCGAGCAUCACCAAACCCCUGACAAGUGCCCAUAAGUCCUCGUCAUUGAGUGUCUCGAAGGGAUCAUCCUCCAGCACGAGGAGACCGUCGACAUCCGCUGCUAAGAAACCAUCUCCAGCCCCCUCUAGCAUCUCCACUGUUUCACAUUGUAAGCCACGGCCACCUCGAUAUCCGGGAGGCUACGGUUACCUCGCUUGGAACGAAAACGACAACAUGGGCAACAACACAUGCGGCGAUUCCGCUCCUACUGAGAACCGUCCUCCGCAGGUUUAUGUCCUGGCCGUUCAUCAAGUCUAUCCUUACGAAGGAAACUGUAUACAACUUUGCCUGGAAACGGAUGCAUGCCAGAGCUGGGCCUUGAACGAUUUGCACACCGAGUGCACGCUAUACCGCGCCUUGGCUGAGGAGUACCUCAAGCCGCUACAGACUUCUUACGAGGGGUCGCAAACCAACUAUUACGAUCACUAG